UCCUUAAUCCUCAAUCAUAUCUUUCUUUCGACUUUCCAACAAACAAACAAACCCUAAAGCCCUAAGAUAUAUAUAUAUAUAUAUAUAUAACCAUGAAGAUGAUGAGUACUACUACUAGUUCAAGAUCAUUUUCCCUAUUGAUAGUACUUGUUGCAGCUGCGCUCUUAAUUUCUUUCCCAAUUUCUGCUGAAUCCCGACAUGGCGAUCACAAUGAAUUUCUGCAAUGUCUGUCCCUUCGUCUGCAGAAUCAUAGCCAUGGAAUUUCCGAUGUAGUUUACACUCCCAACGGCUCUUCUUCUUCGUCUUCUUCAUACUGGUCGGUUCUUCGAAAAUCGAUACACAACCUCAGAUUCAUGUUGGCUCCUGCUGCUCGACCUCAGGUCAUCGUCACGCCCCUGCACGAAUCCCACAUUCCUGCCAUUGUCGUUUGCGCCAAACUAAAUGGGAUGCAAAUCCGCACUCGAAGCGGCGGCCAUGACUACGAGGGACUCUCGUAUACCUCCCCAGUGCCGUUUGUUAUCGUCGAUUUGUUCAACCUCAAUCAUAUAGACAUUGACGUCGAGCGUAUGACCGGAUGGGUUCAAACCGGUGCCACCAACGGGCAGUUGUAUUAUGCUAUAGGCCAAAAAAGUAAGACAAUUGGAUUUCCGGCAGGGUCAUGCCCCACGGUCGGAGUUGGCGGGCUUUUCAGCGGAGGAGGCUAUGGGCCACUGUUUAGAAAAUACGGUCUUGCUGCCGAUAACAUCGUCGAUGCACGCAUGGUCGACGCUAAUGGGAGGAUGCUCGAUAGGAAGUCCAUGGGCGAAGAUGUUUUUUGGGCCAUACGAGGCGGCGGAGGUGCGAGCUUCGGAGUCAUAACCGCAUGGAAGAUCAAGUUAGUAACGGUACCGGAGACUGUCACAAUAUUUUCUGUUAGCAGGACUUUGCAACAAAAUGCAACAGAGCUUGUUCACAAAUGGCAAUACGUGGCUCCUUUCAUGUCCAAUGAUAUGCUACUCGCAAUCAAUGUUGGUACAAUAACUGUCCCCAGCACCGGAGAAAGAACGGUGCAAGCCAGCUUUAAUUCCAUGUUUUUGGGAAGAAUUGAUCAAUUGCUCGAGUUGUUGCAACAAAGCUUUCCGGAGUUAGGUGUGAGAAGGGAAGAUUGUCUUGAAGUUAGCUAUAUUCAAGCUGUGCUCUUCUUUGGAGGUUACAAUGUUCUACAGUCACCGGAGCUCUUAACCAGCAGAAAUCCCGAAGUUCCAAGCGCAAUUCGAGCCACAAGAUUUAGUUUUAAAGCAAAAACUGAUUACCUACACAAGCCAAUUCCAAAAAGUGGUAUCGAAGGUAUGUGGAAAUUGUUGCUGGAACGUGCUCCCGACAUGGCAGAACUUUUGAUGGUUCCGUAUGGUGGAAGAAUGAGUGACAUUCCAGAAUCCGCAAUUCCAUUCCCUCACCGUGCUGGAACCCUCUACAAAUUCCAACAACUGGCUCAUUGGAUACGCCCUGAAGAAUCCGAAGCAUCCUUCAGGUGGGUAAGAAGCUUUUAUGGUUAUUUAACUCCUUUUGUUUCGAAAUCUCCUCGCUUGGGCUACCUCAACUAUCGGGAUCUUGAUUUGGGAGUCAACAACGGCGACAAAACUAGCUAUAGAGAAGCUAGUAAGUGGGGAUUGAGGUACUAUAAAUCCAACUUCAAAAGAUUGGUUCAAGUGAAGACUAUGAUUGAUCCGACUAACUAUUUUAGAAAUGAGCAAAGCAUUCCCGUCCGACGCGCCCGCAAGAAUUACUAAGAUGAGUUACUACUUCAACGAAGGUGGAACCAUCUCGUUGCAAGGAUAAUCCGACUAACACAUUCUUUCAUAUUUUUAUUAAGUUUAUUGUAUCGAUAUUUAUAUUUAUUUUUAGAUUUCUUAAUUGUAUUGUUAUACGAUUAAGGGGUCUUUUGUGGUGUCAAUUAUCAUGCUAACUUUUAUCGACUACAAUUGUAAUUGUUAUGAUUUCCCUUUUCAAUAUGUCCAUGGUCGAUUCCUUCCAAUUA